AUUUAUUAAUUUUAAUUGCAAAAAAUCAAAGGGAGAUAGUACAACUCCAUCCGUAUUAUUUAAAGUUAUCACGGUCUAUAAAUAUCGUUCCACUCCCAUUAUGUUUUCACCAAUAACCAUUGUCCUCUCUUAUUCUUAGUUACGUUCCCAUCUACCCCUUCCCUCUCCCAAUAAUGGAUAGAAAGCCAUGCAACUCUCAAGAAGUUGAAAUAAGGAAGGGGCCUUGGACUAUGGAAGAGGACUUGAUUCUCAUAAACUACAUUUCUAAUCAUGGUGAAGGUGUUUGGAACUCCCUAGCUCGCUCUGCCGGUCUGAAACGAACUGGGAAGAGUUGCCGCCUACGGUGGCUGAACUACCUCCGGCCUGACGUCCGGCGGGGAAAUAUCACGCCGGAGGAACAACUUUUGAUCAUGGAAUUGCAUGCCAAGUGGGGAAACAGAUGGAUGACUGGCCACCUGCGUCGCCCUUGCAUGCUAAGAUUUGUAGCGUGUCGCAAGAUUUGCUCUAUGCCUCUAUCCCAAGCUUUUUAAAGAAAGUUCGAGAAAUAAUUCUUCAUGUAGCUAUAUGGGAAUCGAUCCAUAUACAUCUCUAAUUUCUCGUUUUAAACUUUUCUCUCAACUUCUUCUUUUUCUUUUUUAAUGAAUCAUGAUCACCCCU